UGGGACCCCUCCCAUACUAUUUGGUGAGAAAUGCCAAAAAGGCAUUCACAAUCAGUCCUCAACCCAUAUGCUCGACCAGACCAUCAUCCUGGAGGAGAGAAGCUCUGCAAAAACUCCAUUUUCAUCCAUCAUACACGCACCAAGCUAGGAGAGGAAAAAGGAAGGGAAGAGAGAAGAGAAAAGAGGAGUUUAGGUGGGAAAACUUGUGUUUAACAAGGUAUUCAAGGAACUUUCACGGAGUUGAAAGGGUCAACGGAGUUGUCGCCGGAGUUCGUUGAAGUUCGCCGGAGUUUCACCGAAGCUAAAUCUGGAAGGCUAGAACUUCAUAAGCUUCAUUAAGGUUAAGGCUAGAGUCCUACUACCUGCACCUUUGCCUAGGGUGAUCGUCCAAAGAGGAAGACGUGGUUCGUGCUUCCAUUCGUAUUUGAAAUUUAUAAACUGCUCAUGGAUUUUUGAACAAUGUUUUCCUUAAAACAGUUGGGGUCUGCGUGCCCGUGUUUGCCAUGUGUGGCUAAGUAUCAAACAUAUUAUUAUUUCCGCAUUUGUUUGAUUAUGAUAUUGAUAUUUAUUGUAUGUGUUUACUAAUCGGUUUGGCAAUAGAAACAAUCGGACGCCUUGUACAAUUCAAUAGGGGUGAACUGUUGUUGUUCUUAUUGGGUUGUACGGCGGUUGUCUACGUGGCUCGGAUGCGGUCCGGGGCGUGACAUUAUCUAAGGUGGCUAGUCCAAUAGUUGCAAGGAGAUUACAGUAUCUUUAAUGAGUAUGUGUGUCGCGAGCCUUAAUGAGUAUGUGUGUCGCGAGUUCGAGCUUAUAUACUCUAAAUAGCUACAACCUUCGUCCCUUAAAACUUUGCCAAGUUUGACCGGCAUAAGGAUUAAUAAAGUAAAAACCGUGUGGUUGAGGUUUGUGCAGAUGAGAGAAAAUUAACUGGAACCACAAAUUCUUUACUUAAAAGGGAAAGUGGCAAAGUUAGUGGAACAUCCAAAAAAAGAAAGUUGGUAAAGUUUUAAGGGACGGAGGAGUAUGAGAAUGCAUGUAAAUGGCUAUUAUAAAGUUUGAGUUUAUAAAAGUACAAGUUGAUUUGAUGUUUCAAAUACACAUUACAUUUUAUGUUUUAAUGUAUAUGGUUGUUGUGUAAUUUAAUAUAAUAUAUAUUUAAAUAAUUGUAAUUUAAACAUACUCGGGCCCUAAAUACCCGGGCUGGGCCCGAACUUCACCAAAUUCACCCCAGGAUCGGGAGCGGAUCCAUACCUAGCCCUGGGUGGAGGUUAAACUAUCAUACGAGUAUGUCACCAGUAUAUCAACAUCCACACAGCAGUGGCGAAUCUAGGCAUCGGAGGUCACUGUAUGUAUAUAAAAUUUCAAAAUAAAAACAUCUUUACAAUAUGAAUACUAGAAUACAAAAUGUAAUUUACAUUGUAAAAAAACAAUAAAUUCGUAAUUAUUUAUUGCUAUUUUUCUUUUUAAUUACUUCCUCCGCCUCGCUAAGAUUGUCCUAUUUUACGUUUUCAAUUUAUCCACUAAGAUUGUCUCAUACCAAAUUUGCUAAAUUUUGUGCGUCUCUAAAUCAUUCUUACUUUAUCAAUUCAAUAUCAGCCACAUAACACUUUUUUAUUGGCUUUUUUAUUGGCUCGAGUGUUACUUCCUCUUGUCCUUUUUGACAUAAAUACAUGUAUAUAAGCGUAUACAAUUAUAUUCCUAUAUUUUACUAUCGCUAUUUAUUUCAUUCAUGAGAGCAAAAAUUAAGAUAACGCAUCGUGAUUUAAAUGUUGAAUAAAUUGGAAUACGGAGUAUUAGAGAAUACAAUGUAGACUGUUAAAAUACUAAUAAUGAUAAUUACAAUAAAAAUAAUCUAAUCAUUUAUAUAGAGACGUGGAUGACCAAAGCUGCUUGCCUGCUCUUCAUAAUUUGAAAAAAAAAAUGCCAAUGGGGCCUAGAAUUUGAUGCUUUUAGAAUAUGGGACCUCAAGUCCAUCUGUGGCUUCAAGAAGAGGUGUUUGAGAGUUUUACACCUCAUCCAAGAGACUCUCAACUUAUCAAGAAGAUUGCCUUGAUUAGAGAUCAAAUUGUGGCUAAAUUUGAUAAUACCCAAGCUGUCAUUGGUUACCUUGAGACUAUUUCUACCAAUGCUAAGCUUUCCUCUGCCAAAGUGUAUGAUUUGCUUCGGAUUAAGGGGGAUGCUCAUAGUUGGAUGUCCUUCAUUUGGAAAAGCUAUAUCCCCCCAAAUUCUCCUUCAUGGUUUGGUUAGCUUUUCGCAACAGGUUAGCUACUUUUGAUAAUUUACGUAGGCUUGAUGUUGUUAACAUUUGCCCUUUUUGUAAGGGUGGUCCCGAAUCGGUACCACACCUAUUUUUUGCGUGUGUUUUUGCAGGUAAUGUUUGGCAAAAAGUCAAGAGGUGGCUGCAGCUUCCUAGGAGGAUGGGCACCUUGCAUAGCUCGUUGAAUUGGAUCAAGAAAGAGAGGCAGGGCUCGGGAAUCAAAGCAAAGGCUGCCAGGAUCGCUUUUUGCUACACCGUUUACUGGAUAUGGAGAACCCGGAACGCUACUUGCUUUGAUGGCUUGACUCCAAGAGAAGAUGAUGUUUUUGCCAGAAUCCAAUAUAUUACUUACAAGAUUCUGUAUAGUAUCUACCCGUUUGAGCUUGUAAACUUGUAAGCUUUUGCGUAACCUUCACUUCUGUUUUGGUGGAGGUUUUGCUUGUUUGUGCAGUGUGGGAUGGCUUGUUUGGCUGUUUUGUGCUUCUCCCUCUCCGUAUGGGGUGGGUAGUUGCGUUUUUUGGCAGGCUGUUUUGCUGGUUUUGGGUUGUCCAUGACUCCAUGUUGUGGACAACUUGCAUUUUUGUCUUCUGUUUGUCUGUACAUUCUUGAACCCCUUUUUCUUGGGUGUUUCUUUCUUAAUAUACUUACAGUUCAC